AGUGAUGCCUUGAAUCCGUCAGGUCAGAGGUCAGGCCGCGCGCCUUCCAUCCUUCUGCUGUUGAGAAUGAGCAGUUUGUAACUAAAAGCAACAGACCGACUCAUGUGCAGGUUUCUCUAAAACAGACAAUUAAAGCUCCAAACCACAGCAGCUUUUCUGGUUCCUCAUCAGGGAGCACGCUUAUUGUUUCCUUAUCGGUUAGCCUAGCUAGCCCGGUUAGCCACUUUAGCUGACUGGAGAAGAAGCUACUUAGAUAGCUCAACCGCUAGCUAGCUAACCGAAAACGGACAUUUCUUACUUUGAAGAGCACGAAAGACUCUCGCAGACAUGCAGGACCUCCUGGCCACCGUGGAUCACCUGAAGUUUGACCUGGAGCUGGCCAUGCAGCAGCAGCUCGGGGCUCAGCCUCUGCCUUUCCCCGGCAUGGACAAAUCCGGGUCUGCUGUUUGUGAGUUCUUCAUGAGAGCAGCUUGUGUGAAAGGUGGGAUGUGUCCGUUCCGUCACAUCAGCGGAGAGAAGACGGUGGUGUGUAAGCACUGGCUCAGAGGACUGUGUAAGAAAGGAGACCAGUGCGAGUUCCUCCACGAAUACGACAUGACCAAGAUGCCCGAAUGCUACUUCUACUCCAAAUUUGGUGAGUGUAGCAACAAAGAGUGUCCCUUCCUGCACAUCGACCCAGAGUCCAAGAUCAAAGACUGUCCCUGGUACGACCGAGGCUUCUGCAAACACGGUCCUGACUGCAGACACAGACACACAAGAAGAGUGAUCUGUAUGAAUUACCUGGUGGGCUUCUGUCCGGAGGGGAAAUCCUGUAAAUUCAUGCACCCUCGUUUUGAGUUGCCAAUGGGAGCCAAUGAACAGCCUCCUCUGUCACAGCAAAUGCAAAACCAGGCAAAGCCGGUUCCCACCAUCGGCCGCUCGUCGCUCUCUCUCAUCCAGCUGACCAACUCCAGUCCCAACAUGCGCCCGCAGAACCACAUGCCGAUGGGUCCUCCUCCUCAUCAUCAGAACCACAUGGGGGGCAACAGAGGGCCCCGGCCCCUGGACCAGGUCACUUGCUACAAGUGCGGUGAGAAGGGCCACUAUGCCAACAAAUGCACUAAAGGACACCUCGCCUUCCUGAGUGGACAGUAACCUCCGGACCCCCCCCCCCCCACAAUGUGAGCAGCAGAAGAGAAGAAGCCCCCCCCCCCCCCCCGACCCGUUUGCUCUUCAGGCUGAACUUAAAGACUUUGACUGCCGCUGUAGUGUGUCCCUUCAUGAUGACUUAUAUGGACAUUGGCAGAUAAACAUGGCUACUGUUUCUAUUCUUUGUGGAUACAAGAAAGAGAAGAGGUCACAAUCUGUGGUUUUGAAUGUGUCAGUCUUCAGAGUUUUCUACGUUUGUACUGUACAAUAUUUAAAUAGAUGUGACACCCAGGAUCCAACAGCGCUGUAACAAGCUGCUGUUUCUCCAGUCUCCCCUCGGUCAUGUGACUGCAUCAGUGACACCAUAACUGUCUUUCUAUUCUGAUUCUUGUAGUACAUUUGUCCGACAGUGUAAAUGCAAUAAAAAAAAAAGUGAUAAAUGCCAGUAGAAUGUAAAUUCAUGAUGUGUGUACUCUGUUAGAGCCCAAAACCAUCCGGUAAUGCUUUCGAUUUUCUCAGAACAACCUAAAUGACCCGUUUACCACAAAUUACACACUUAAAGUUC